UAUAUUUUCACUUUUAUAACCAACUCCAAAACUGAAAUAGUGUUAGUAAUAUUUUUAUUGAAUUCACAACUUUUAUUUUAAUGUGCUUAAAAAAUAUUUGUAAAAACUAAUUGUAAAUAAUAAAUAAUUGUCGAAUAAAAUAAAUCUCAACUUAGCAAUGUAUACAUUAACUUUUUGCGUCAUUUUACUUAUUUUGUUGUACUACAUGUGUAAUUCAACCUACGACUAUUGGAAAAAGAAAAAUGUACCGUUCGUUCACCCUAUGACUCUAUUCGGAAAUUUUUUUCAUUUGACAAUGGGAAAAGUUAAUGUGAGUAGUGCUUAUCUAAAAUUGUAUCGUGAAGGAUUUGGAAAAAAGUAUAUUGGAAUUUAUUUUAUGAGGACACCAAUGUUACUUUUACGUGAUCCAGAAUUGAUAAAUCGAGUACUAAUUAAAGAUUUUUCACACUUCAUUAAUCAUGGAGCUCCCUGUGAUGUUGUAUCAACACCUUUGUCAAAUCAUUUGUAUAAUAUGAAAAGUCAACAGUGGAAAAUCAUGAGAGACAAAAUAAGCCCUGCUUUUACGCCCUUCAAGUUGAAGAAUUUGUUAGAACCUACAAAAGAGUGUUGUGAGGAAUUAUUAAUAAAUAUAAAAAAAAAUUUAAAUAAUUCAAACAUAAUAAAUAUCGAAAAGUUAUUGGAAAACUUAUCUAUGGAUGUGAUUGGUGUUUGUGGUUUUGGAUUAAAAUUGAGUGAAAUAACUUAUGAUGAUUCUCCAUUUCAUAAAGCUGGUAGAUUAUUACUAAAACCAUCACUAUUGACUCAGAUGAAAUUUUUGACAUUUUUUAUUUCACCGAAACUACGAAAAGUGAUUAAUGUUACGGAUUUUCCAUCUGACGCAUUGGAAUUCAUGGAAAAAGCAUUUCGACAUACAAUGGACUACCGUGAAAAAAACAAUAUUUUUAGAGGUGAUAUAGUGGAUUAUCUGUUACAGGCAAAAAAAGAUCUAGUUAUUGAUAAGUCAGAAUCUCCAGUUAUUUUUGAAGAGAUACAUAUUAUAGCGAAUGCGUUUUUUUUCUUUGUUGCUGGUUUUGAGACAACUGCUAUAACUAUGGAAUUUUGCUUGUAUCAACUUGCACUCAAUAAAAAUAUUCAGGACCAUGUACGAAAAGAAGUUUUUCAAGCCAAAGCAAAACACAAUGGAACUUUAAACUAUGAAUUUCUUGGAGAACUUCAUUACUUAGAAAUGGUCAUAUGUGAAACUUUACGUAUGUAUACUCCUUUGGACAUAAUGAGAGAGGUAGAAAAACCUUAUCAAAUACCAGAUGAAGACUUCGUUAUAGAGAAAAAUACAAAAAUAAUGAUUUCUCCUUAUUGUAUUCAUAUGGAUCCAAAGUACUAUCCUAAUCCAAUGAAGUUUGAUCCAGAACGAUUUUCUCCCGAAGAAAAAGCCAAACGUCCUAACAGUACUUUCCUACCUUUUGGAGACGGUCCUCGUAAUUGUUUAGGUGAAAUAUUUUCUAAAAUUGAAAUCAAACUAGCUAUUUCACUGAUUUUGAUGAGAUACGAAUUACUUCCAUGUGAAAAAACGCUAAUACCAAUGCAAUUUGAGAAUCGUUCAUUAAUUAUGAGACCAAAAAAUGGAAUGUGGUUAAAGUUUCAACCUAUAGAAUAAUAAUCAAACACAAUUUUUUAUUUUAUCAAAUAUAAAGUAUUGUAGUAUAUAAUUUUUAGCCCUUUAUUACAAAAAAAUUUUAUGGAUCGAUAACAACUUUAGAGUACUUAUUGAGUUACAAAUAUUUUUUUACAUAGGGUGGGUAUCUAACACAAGCGAAGUGGACAUAAACCAUUUCAAUCUGAGCCGUCCUGUACAACAUACCUUUUCAAUAUAUUGAUCAUAAUCAUCGUAUCAAAUUCUUUUAUUUUGAUUUUUUUAGAAAGUUCUACAAAACCACUCAAUAAAAUUUGUAUUAUUCUAAAAAACAUACCUUCUUUAAACUGACACUAAUUAAUUAAAGCUAAUACAAUGUACUUUGAGAUGAAAAAAUAAAAACUAUUUGUAAUUUUGA